UGAUUGUUGCUCAUAAUUUGUUUUUUCGAUGUUUUGACAUUUGUUAAAGAUUUAUCAUUCAUUUAUUAAUUUAAAAACAAUUAUCAAUAUGGGUUCCAUAACGGAUGAAUGGCUAAAAGAUGCCGAAAGUAUUGACGAAUUUGCCGAUCAACUUAUGCAUAAAAUUAAUCAACGUAAUCAAUAUCCAACAAAUACAGCAGCAUUUGCUAAGAGUGAUUUAUACAUCAAGGAUUUAUUCCGAAAAUUCCAACGUAAAGUCGGCCAAUUACAGGAAACAUUAAAUCAAUUGGCUGCAACAAAUAAAUUAACACAACGAGAAAAAGAACGCCGCCAACGAUUAGUGGACCAAUUCAAUGAUCGAUAUAAAAAGAUUGAAACAUUUCUACAGAAUCCAGUCACAGAUAAAAGGAAUACAUUGUUUAAUUAUGAUAAUUCUGAAUCUACACAAGCACCUACCGUUAGUUGGAAUGAUGGAUUAAAUGCUUCCGAUGCUUCAAGUUCACAUCAAUUUGAAAAUGUUUCAAAAAUGAAAGAAAUUCAACGAAAUAUGAAACAAGAACAGGACCAAAAUAUCGAUACAUUGGGUGAUAUUAUUUCAAGGCAAAAAUAUUUGGCACAAGAAAUUGAUUCAGAACUCAACAUUCAAAAUGAGAUUUUGGAAGAUAUUGGUGAAGCAAUGGAUGAUAAUAAUGAACGUUUACUUCGUAAUACACGAAAUAUUCGAUUCGUUAGUCGUGAAAGUGGUACAUGUGCAUAUUGGACAAUAAUCAUAUUAUUAUUGAUUGCCAUUUUAGUGGUCAGUAUUGUGCCUAAUUAAUCUACUAAUGCUAUACAUUUCUUUUUUUUAUAUGUUUUUGUUUGAAUCAAAAAUUUUUGUAUAUUAUUA